AAAAAAAAGGAAAAGGAAAACAGGGGUGCUCUUUAUCCCUUGACAAAGUUACACGCAACCACCGGAGUUAUCAAUGCCGUGUGCUCUCGUAGAGCGUAAGGCAUGACGUUAAUUGUUGAGACUGGAUCAUGAAGCCUACAAGUUGUCCUCUUCUUCCGCCCCAAAAAAGAAAGAUACCUAAAGGAUAUCUAUUUGUCGUCUCCGGAGCGACCUCAACACAUCCAGAUCAUUUAACCCAAAUCGGCACAAUACUGCAAUUACUAAGCUAAGCUUCAAGAGGGAGAUGUCCAUCUCACCGAACCAAAGCCCCCAUGUUCUCCUCUUUCCAUAUCCUACCGCAGGCCAUAUUAUCCCCCUUCUUGAUUUGGCCAACUUGCUCCUCACCAAGGGCUUAACCAUCACCAUUUUAGUCACACCACCUAAUCUUCCCCUGCUUGAUCCCCUCCUCGCUACUCAUCCUUCCACUUCUAUACAGCCCUUGGUUCUCUCUUUGCCAGAACUCGUUAAUUCCUCAGGCGUCAACCUCGCUACUCAACUUCGGGCGACUGCCCAACUCCGUGACCCCGUCCUUGAGUGGUUCCAAUCCCAGCAAUCACCCCCAGUUGCUAUCAUAUCUGAUUUCUUCCUAGGUUGGACCCAUCACCUUGCAGCUCAGCUCGGCGUGCCCCGCGUCGUAUUUUGGCCAUCGGGUGCCCAUCAUGCUUUAAUCUUGCACCAUCUGUGGCAUAACCUGUCGGAAAAAAUCAGCUCCAUGAAUGAAGAUUCUAUGAUUUCCUUCCCCAAUCUUCCAAAUUCACCGGCGUAUCCUCUCUGGCAAGUCGCCCAAAUUAUCACUGAAUCGAAACCAGGAGAGCCCAACUGGGAAUUCUUCAGGGAUAAUUUCUUGUCCAAUGCAAGAAGUUGGGGCAUAAUUAUCAAUUCCUUCAGGGAACUGGAAGAUACUUACAUAAAUCUGGUGAAAACGGAAAUUCGUCACGAUGAGGUUUGGGCGAUGGGGCCGUUAGUCUUAUCUUCUUCUUCUACUGCUACUGCGGGUGACACGUCAGCAUUGUCGAACCGUGGUGGGUCCAGUGCGGUCCCACUCGACGAGGUGAUGACCUGGCUUGAUGACAAGGCGGAUGACUCAGUUGUCUACGUGUGCUUCGGGAGUCGUGCUGUAUUGACGAGUCAGCAAACGGAUGCCCUGGCGGCUGCACUCGAGUGCAGUCGAGUCCAUUUCAUAUGGUGCGCGAGGGAAGCACCCCAGAAUAAAGGCCAAGUGUCGAGUGAUGAUCAGAACAGUGCAUUAUUGCCUAUGGAGUAUGAAGAUCGCGUGGCUGGGAAGGGGUUGAUAAUCAGAGGCUGGGCUCCACAGGUGGCAAUCCUCAAACACAGAGCAGUGGGUGCUUUCUUGACGCACUGUGGGUGGAAUUCAGUGUUGGAAGGUGUAGCUACUGGGGUGGUCUUGCUUACGUGGCCAAUGGGUGCUGACCAAUUUGCAAAUGCUGGACUAUUGGUUGAUGAACUUGGUUUAGCAAUUCCAGCAUGUUUGGGUGGACCGAAGGUGGUUCCGGACUCGACCAAAUUGGCUCAGGUUUUUGUGGAAUCGGUGAGUUUGGGUGGUCAGCCUAAGAGGGCUAAAGUUGUAGAGAUGCGGGAUGCUGCCUCCAGAGCAGUCCAAAAUGGAGGAAGCUCGAGUAAAGAUUUGGAUGCUUUAGUUGAGCAUUUGAGGGACCUUAGGCAGGAAAAAUCAUGAUUGUUUGUUUCUUCAGAACAGAAAUAUAAUGAGGGAUGAGGUGCUGUAACAUGACGUAGAAAAAAAGAAAAAAAUAAAGUGCUUAGCAUGGUUCUUGAAAUAUGCAUAUUCGAAUCUUGGGCAUUAAA